AUGGCACAAGAUAAUCUUGAUUGCCCUCCAUUACCUGUUCGUUGGUUUUACGCUGUGGAUGUACCAUCAUGGGAUCCAUUAAAACCACCAAAAUCUUCAAAUAAUUCUAAAACGCCUCCUGAAGAAAAGUGUCCCAUGUUAUGGUCUCCCUUUUCUAAACGUGAUUCAAAUUCAUUAGAAGCUGCUUAUAAACUUGGUGUACCAGGAAAAAAAGUUUGUUGUAAUGAAGAUUAUUUGUUUGAAGUUGAUUUAGAUAAUCGAGAAAUUAGUCCGAUUUAUUGGGUCGAUGCGAUAUAUCAAGUAGUAAGAGCUACAUGGUUUUAUCAAGGCGAUGGUAACAAUUUUAUUCCAUGUGAUGAAAAUUUAUCUAUCCAGAUUGAGGAGGGUUACAUAAAACAUAAAGCAUGGAAUCCUGCUUCUAAUUCAGAUGAUACUACAUCAACUGAAAAAAAUUGUAUUGGACAAAAAUUGAGUGAAAGAGAUGGUUCAGCUAGUUUUAUUAAUGAGAUAAAUAAGUUUAGACGAACUUUGAAAAAAAUAUAUGCAUCAAACCCACCAGCAGAAGCAAUUGCAAGACUAGAAAAUCGAGAAUUAUAUCCAGAUUACGGUUUGCGUCAUUCUAAGAAAGGAACUCAAUUUGGUAAUGGUAUACAAGUUAUACCGAUUCAUUGGAGGCAAGAUAUUAAGUUUGGAAUUGCAUCAGAAAGUGAACAAAUUCAACGAGAUUUAAGUUUGGCUAUUAGUGAAGACGGUCAACCUACCUUGGAUGAAAUCACUUUAGAUUGUGUUCCGAAUUUAAGAAUGUUAAUUUCUGAUGCAUUAGUAGAUGUAUUAUUAUACAUGACACCAAAAUUUAGAGAAAUGAUGCUAACUACUGUGACAAAUGAGAUGAAUCGCGUUUACAAUUUAUUUAUAGAUCGUAAUCCAAAUUUUUUAAAAAUUGGUGGCAAGAUUUCUCUUUAUGGGCAUUCUCUUGGCUCGCUUUUAGCUUUCGAUGUUUUGUGUCAUCAACCACCAUUUGUUGGACCUUUUGGUGGAAUAUAUGAAGAAAAUUUAUCUCCUUCUGUGUCCCUAAAUGAUAUUUCUAACCCUUUUUAUCGUUCACAAGAUUCAAAUAUCAAUGGAUCGCAUUCCACAAUGUCCCCUGUAGAAUUAUGCUCGAAACACCGACAAUUGUAUAGAAGAAAGCAAAAGCAAUUAAAUGUGAAUCUAGAUUUUGAGGUUCAAACUUUAUACGCUGUCGGUUCACCAAUCGGAUUAUUUCUAUUGUUGAAAGGAUUAAAGAUUGGAAGUAGAGAGUAUUAUAAUGCUAUUUGUAAGGUUAAUCAAUUAAAAACUUGGACAGACAUAAGUUUGGGUAACGAAAAUGAUAAUGUACGAAACAGUGAAGAACAUAUAAAUGAUGCUGAAAAGAUGAAAAAUGAAGGAAAUGAUGAUAUUAAAGAGGUUGAUGACAAACAUGAACAGACUAGGAAAAUGUCAUCUGGAAAUAUUCCAUUUUGGGAUAAAGAAAUAGAACAUAUGAUGCAAGAUUCUGUAACUUUGAUACCACUAUGUUAUCCAGCUUGUAGAAGUGUUUAUAAUAUCUUUCAUAAAGCUGAUCCAAUUGCAUUUCGAAUAGAACCCCUAGUAGCGCGUCACUAUAGCAGAAAUCUCAAGCCUGCUUUAAUUCCAUACCACAAGGGUGGACUCAAGGCUGUACAAUUAGGAUUUCAAGAAUUCGGUAUAAACGUUUCGAAAACAACAACCAACAUACUUAGAUCUUUAAGCUUAUCGAAACCUAAUCCAGAUGAAUCAAUAAUUAAACGUAAGAAUAAUAGACAAACCAGAGAGAAACAUUUUAUAGAGCGUGAAUUGCUUAAACGAAAGCAAUUGAAAAAGUUAUAUGCGGAGGUGGGAUCUUCUAUAAGUUUAAUAAAUGGUGGCGAUACAAUAAAUUCAAGUCGUAGCAGUUUAGUAAGUGUUAGUAGUGACGGUCGAACUAGUAUAGAUACAGGAGUAACAAGAAAUUCAGUUGAUGCAAGUUUUAUUAGUGAUGAAAUAACAGAUCGUAGGGGUAGUUUGGAUAGUAAUUUUGGAGUUUAUGGUAAGGAAAGUCCUAGAGGGUUGUCUGUUGAAGCAAGGGAAAAGUUUUAUAUGUCUCAGGUCGAACUGCCAUCGACAACGGAAAAGAAAGAAUCGUUCUAUCAAGUGAAAACGUCAAGUUCGCCUACUUUGACCGAGGAUGGGCAAUUAGAUUAUCAAAUUAGUGGAGAAGAAAAAUUGAAGAGCUUAAAUAAAAGUGGAAGAAUUGAUUAUUGUUUACAGCAAGGGGUAUUGGACGUUAGUUACAUAUCCGCUAUAACCGAUCAUCUUAAUUAUUGGGCCGAUUGUGAUGCAGCCUAUUUUAUCCUAAGUGAAACUUAUAAAUCUUAUGAUGAGGAAGACUGA